UGAGGAUGAACCCAAGGACUGGUGUCAGGCACAAUACUACUGCAGAAGACAUUACACUGAUCUGGUCAGCAUCAGUGACGACAAGCAAAACGCACAAGUGACUGAAAAAGGAAACGCAAAAACAUUUUGGAUUGGGCUGAUGCAUGAUCAGUGGGAAUGGAUUGACAAAAGCUGUUCGACAUACAGGACAUGGUCCCGUGACAGGGAGACAUAUAACGACGUAAUUCUUGUUAGAUAUACAAGAGGAUUACUAGAAACAGGCAGUGGCAGUAGUUACCAAGUAAUCUGUGCUCAAGGCUCUGUGAGAAUCAAAGUCAUCAACACAACUUUAACUUGGGAACGGGCCCUUGAAUACUGUAAGAAGCACCACACAGGUUUGCUCCAGAUUGACAGUGAAGAGGAUCAGGCUGCUGUUGAACACUGGCUAAAGCAUGACAACACUGUCAGUGAUGGUCCACUGUGGAUCGGCAUGAGGAGGAGUAUCAUCUUUGGAUUCUGGAUCUGGAAAGACGGCAUAGUGACGCACAACAACUGGAAGAAUGGCAACCAGCCAGAGCUGCCCUUCGCUCACAACUGUGGCGCCAUCAACAUCAAUGACUACACGUGGACUGAUGAGGACUGCGGGUGCGAGUUACCUUUUAUAUGUGAGGAGGAGAUUUAAUUCUUGAAAAACUAGUUCAUGGUUAUGAAGGUGGUGAUUAGGUUUUAAUAUAAAACCAAUGUGGAAGUGAUGAUGUUGGAGAAUCAUUUUCUUUCUUUCUUUUAUUUUCAAGCUUUUAUCUGGUUAAACUUUGUUGGGGAAAGUAGAUUUUGGUCAUCUUUACUUAAUUAUACAUACAUUUAUCUACAAAGUGAAAACUAAAAUACGUUAGAAUUGACUUUGUUUGCUGUGAUAAAGGACUGUUUUGACAAAGUAUGUAGUUCUAUGGUAAGAUAAGUUAGAAUAUACUGUAGUUUAUAUGAUAUAGAUGCAUUUUAGUGGAUAUUAUGGAAGUUGUGUAACUAACUAUUCCAAUUUCUUGCUAAGGUUUCUAAGUUAUAAAUGUGAUGAGGACAGUACAUACACAGAACAUCUGUCCAGUAAAUGUAUUUGAAUGCUUUUGUGUGAGCCUGUAAUCAUAUAUCUUCUAAAUAACAAUAAAAUGUUUUUAAAUCCAACCACCUCCAAUUUAAGAAAUGUCUUCAUUUACGU